ACAUAGCCCAACAAUAUCUACCAGUCCCCCGCGCGCCACAUGAAGAAAGAGACCAUCUGGGCUUGGGCCAUUUGGUGCAUAUAAGGCCCAUUGAGGAACUUGAGCAUAUUCCCAGCGUUUGUUCUGUUGAGCGUUGUGAUUCCCAACCAAGGUUGAAAACGAAGGCGGAUAUUCGCUUCCAAUUUUCCAUACGGUCUGGACCUUCUGAUUCUUCUCCGCCCAGAGACGAGAGAGAAAUAAAUAAGCUGUAGUGUGUACUCUCAUCUCUCUGAAGAACAGAGGGCCUUUCCAGCAGGCAGGCGUCUCCUUUCUCCAGCUCUGCACACCUGGUAAGUCGCUGCCCUUAACUCGAUCGUUUCAAACUAUUAAGAGCCGGCGCUCCAUCCUUCCGACGAGCUUUGUUCUUUUCUGUCGGCUAAGUUUGCUCCCAGAAAUUAAUUGUUGGAGCCAUCUUGUGGUUCGGAUCUCCUUGUACCGAUCUUAAGUUGGGAAUCGUUGGUCAGCUAACCAGUUUAGGAAUUUUCUCUUUUAGGCAUGAUGAUUGAGCCUGCCCAUGAGCCUAAUGGGCCAAGUUUGCUUUGUGGGUGGACCCUUGUUCCGGCCCACAGAAAGAAGAAUGAUCCAAAACGGACGGCAAACCGAUGCGGGGAAAGGAGAGGACGGAGUUAGCAACCAACCCGAGCGAGUCCGAAACGGAAAGAGAUAGUUGGUAAUUGUUCUCUCUCGUCUCCAGCCCCUCAAAAUCUGAGAUUUCGCCAACUGGGGAUGCGUUUUCAUUGGCCAAAGUAACGAGCUGUCAUUUACUGAUUACAAUCAAAAGUGCGAUUGUCGUAAUAAAUUCAUCACAAAAUGUGAUCUCUUGCAAGUUGCAAAUAAAAUGAGGGUAGCUAGUAGGUGGGACAUUUGUGUGUAACGCUGUGGCGGAUCCAGGGGUGGCCACCCCGGGCCCCGGCCCAGCCCUCUUCUGGAUCCAUAGUUAGUAUAUGUUUUAUGAAUUUUUCGAUUUUAGAUAUAUGGGUCGUUGUUAUUUUAAAAUAAGAAUGAGUAUAAUUAGAAAAAUAAUUCAGAUGAACAUAUUCAAAACCACUACUUUAAAUUUAGCUUAUAAAUUCUAGCCCCAAAGGUUAUUCGUCUAAAAAACAAUGAAACCUAAAAAUUCAAAAAGUUUAAAAUGUAAAAGACUAAAACAUAUAUGAGGUUUGUUACCUUGGAAAAUUUACUAGAGCAGCUGGUGGAUAUAGGGAUGAAAACACAAUGCAAAUUGAUUAGUAGAUUGAUUUGUCUAGUGUUGAUGCUGCUCGUUUCAACAGCUAAUACGAAUAGAACUUUUUCAACAACGAAACAUGUGAAAAUUGAUUUGCGCAACAAAAUGAGCGAUGGAUUUCUAGUCGAUUGCUCAAGUAUUCAGUGUAUACUAUUGGUAUGGAUGUGGACUCUAUUAUUAAUGCAUUCGGAAAAUUAAAAUAGUGUCGUGUACAAUUUACUUUGUAAAAAAAUUAUAAUCAUAAUUUUUUUUACUAUUCUAAUUUUUUAAUAAAAUGCGGCAAGUGCACUUCUGUAUUCUGGAUCCGCCGCUAGUGUAACGUGACCACUGAACACGCUUAAUUAAUUAAACUAAACAAUAGGGGCCUGAAUGUUGAUGGAAUGUGUUGAUUUUAAAGGUUAUAAUAUUGAUAAAAUAUUACUUAAUACUGACUCACAUUGCCAAAAGUGUCUUGGUUAUCCGUUAUUUCAAAAUCUAGCCGGGUCGGGUGCCCCGUGCCCCGUCCGUCCUCGGACUCGGACUCGGGCGCGUACUAUAUUAUUAGUUUUUAUUUUUUUCACACCAAUUUCCUGUCCUUCCCACUGCUGUCUGCAGACUGCACGCUAGCUCUCACCAUUUGAGCGCUCCCAUCUCGUCCCUCUCCCACCAUCAGCUAUAAUUCCCUUCAAUUACUCUCUCGCUCUCGCUCUCGCUCUCCUCCCCACUUCCUUCGCUCCUCAUCUCUUCGAUCCAUGGCGGACCACGUCGGCCACCACGAUUCCCUGGUCGAUAAGAUCACCGAGAAGAUCCACGGCCACGACGGAUCCUCUUCCUCCUCCUCCUCCGAUUCCGAUGAUGACAGCAAGCCUUCCAAGGUCGACGCCGUCAAAUCCAAGAUUUACCGCCUCUUCGGCAGAGACAAGCCCGUCCACAAGGUCUUCGGCGGCGGCAAACCUGCUGAUGUUCUCCUGUGGAGGAACAAGAAGAUUUCAGGAGCAGUGCUUGGUGUUGCAACUGUGAUCUGGGUUCUGUUUGAAUUGCUUGAGUAUCAUCUCAUCACUCUAGUUUGCCAUUUGUCGAUACUCUCCCUGGCUAUCCUCUUCCUGUGGUCCAAUGCCUCUACCUUCAUUAACAAAUCACCGCCCAAAAUUCCCGAAGUUGUGAUCCCUGAGAAGUGCAUCCUUGAAGUUGCAUCUGCAUUGAGAAUCGAGUUCAACCGUGGGUGCACUGUUCUGCGUGAGAUUGCAUCCGGGAGAGAUCUCAAGAAGUUUGUGAUUGUGAUUGCUGGCUUGUGGUUUAUCUCCAUCAUCGGGGGUUGCUGCAACUUCUUGACCUUGUUCUACAUUGUGUUUGUGUUGCUACACACUCUACCCGUGCUGUACGAGAAAUAUGACGACAAGGUUGAUGCAUUUGCUGAGAAGGCGAUGAUCGAGCUGACGAAGCAGUAUGCAGUGUUCGAAGAGAAGGUGUUGAGUAAAAUUCCUAAAGGGCCAUUGAAGGAUAAGAAGAAGGUUUAGAGAUGAUUGACUAUGGUUCUUUUAAUUGAUUGUGUACUUUCAGGGUUCCCAUUUUUGAGUGGCUUAGUUCUGUUAUGGCCCAAGCUCUAGUGUUCGUUCUGACUUCAUAUUCUGAGAAGUGUGUGUUAACUUUCGACCUUAUAUCCACUGCAUCGUAUGAAUGCUCCGAAGAAUUUAGAUGGAAUAUCGUAAUCCGUUAAAGAUACGGUGGUGAGCUCUAGAUUACGUUUUAUAGUGCAGAAAUAAAUUGAUAGCGUUUGCAUUAGAGAGAUUCAAUAGAAAGACACUGGUACUGAUAGUUUUGUGACAGUAUAUUCUUGCUUUGUAGUAAAGUACUUGCAUUAAAAAGUUUUAUUAUUUCUCCUUUUAGCCUAGAAACGCAUUUUUGCUUAUAGUAGGCUAUUGCAUCAUGUCUCCUUUGUUGUGGCAUUGCAAACCACUUCUUACGCAGUCAAUAACACUAACGCGAAGUGGGACAAAUACUCAUCUCUUACAAGAAAAGAGGUUACAGGAAGUGGGACAAAUACUCAUCUCUUACAAGAAAAGAGGUUACAGGAAUUUCACGACUACAAAGAAAAAGGAAGAAAAAAAAAAUGUUAGCGUACGUUCCAGGAAAAUCUAGUCAUAGAGUCAGUUCAUAACAAUCUUUGUAAAGCAAGAGGCAAAACUUCGCCUUGUGAGAAAGAGGCGUUCCAAUGGCGGAACCAAAGCUUUAGAUUGUUGCUUUCUAUUUAUCUCGUACCGAGAAAGAGGAGGAUUGAAGCUAAUUUCAGUAUCUAAGUGUCGUUAAACUCUUUCUCCACCACAGCCUGCAGAGCUCUCCUUGUUUGAGUUGCAACACAAACCGUACUUGUGGGACUCCCUUGAAGACCCAUAUGACAAAAUGAACAACUUCACUCGGCAUUUCCCGGAGAGCAAAUGAAUAUAGAACAAUGGGAAACCUCUGCUACUCCUUAGCCAGAUUUCAACCAGUGAUGUGCUUCGGGUAAAACCAUAAGUUGGACAUGCAUAUGAGGAACACAGAUGUUACGAACAAGAAUUGGGGAUGAGAAUAGAAAGAUUAGGGUUGA